AUAAGAAUAAAUAGGAAAGGUGAUAUGUGCCAUAAUUGAAGUUGUUCACCAUUCAACAUGAGGUUGAGCUCGACUCAGUUAGAUAUAAACAUUAAACAAAAAGAAGAUGCUUUAACGAAGUUUUGUUUCUGUAACUUUCUUAGAGUAUUUGGUUAGAGCCUAACAGGCAAUUCUGCACCAGAUUUCUGCUUAGACAUUUCCCAGCCAUUUCCACUAUGUGCACCCCGCAAAGAAGCACCACCAAUUAGGAUAAGCAAAUUCUCAAAACAAGGAAUAAACAAUGGUCAAUUCUUGAUCUUUUCUAGUUUUGACUCCAUGGAUCUGCCCCCAAUGCUGGGAAAAAUUCUCCUGUUACUCGGUUGACAUUUCAUGAAGAAAUGAGACCAAAUAAUGUGGGAAAUCUAGCUCCAGUAGAUUCUCUCCACUAAACAAUCCUUCUGUACUCGAACUGAUAGCCAUAUAAUAGUCAGAAUUUAGAACUAAUCACACUAUUCUUGACUGUCCAUAAUAGAGACAUAAGUGCUACAUAUCUUGUCAGCAAUUUGAAAUCCCACGACCCUACAAAAAGAGUAUCAUUGCACUAUGAUCCACAAGGUGUCUUUAUGGUGUUUAGUUCUUUUCUAAGUUGUUACUUUUCUCUUCUUCAAUCUCAAACCCAAACGACAAUUCAGUAGGCUUUCCAUCUUUGCUUGUCAACAAAAGACACUAAUUAGCAAAGUGCCUGUGGGGCAAAGGAAGAAAGGCAUUUGAUCUAGUGUCAACUUUGUGCAAGUUGUGGCUUAGUCGCUUAAGCUUUCAGAAACACGAUAAGAUCCUCAACAUGGUGGUGGUUAGUGCAUAAUAUCAAUUUUCAUCAGAACUUAAGUCAUUUAAAGCACGAUACAUCAAGAAAAUGUUUAGUGUAUUUGUCUAAGUUUAGGGUGGGAACAUAGGGGCAGAACAUUAAAGUAGAAGAGAAGAAAAUCCAAUUAAAUAACUCAAAGGUUAGUGUAAACUACUUUCAAGCUUCUCAAUCAGUGGAUGUGAAAAAUUAUACCACUAUAGUGGAGGAUAAUAAUCCUGUCGGUUCUCUUAGCACACUGCCUGAGACUUCGCGACCAAAAUACAGCAUAUCAGUAAUAGCAAUAGAUGUGACCCUUUACGGAUAGUACUCUUUUCUCUUACGACGGUACCACUUUUGGGGUUCAAUUGGAAUUUGAGUGGGAAGGUGUAAUAUCCCAUCUUUGGAUGGGAAGAAGAAAAAUUAUGCUUGAAAUGCAAUUCGUCUAAAAGAUCAUGAGAAAGUGGGGACAAUAAUUAUACAUAUGGCCUGAUUUGUCGCUCAUUUGGUGUAACAAAUAUGCACAUGCACAUGGUUCCAUAUGAGCAACACAAGAUUAUAUCCGUUGCAAGUGCUCGGGCUUCUAACCAACUAAUGACUCACAAAUACAUGCAAAUGGCGACCAAAGUAAACAUGCAGACAAUUCUUUGUAAUUCUGGCUACAUUGUUAUUUUCCUUUAAAAAAAUAUAAACAGUCAAAAUGCAUGAAGUGUGAAACAUGUGUGAUAAAUAUGCAUAUUAAGCCUUUCAUAAAAAUGCAUGGAUGCGAAUACAUGAUUUUCUGCAAGUUUAUUGUGUGAUGCCUAUGACAUGCAUCUCUUGAUAGAGACAAUAGAUAUGAUGACAACUUGCAAACAUAACUCCAAAAAUAACUAACACUAGGGUAGCAUGACUACACCCUUUACUGCAGAAGAUUGGAAAUUGAUGACGCAAAGGUGGGUUGGGGGGGUGGGUGAGAGAGAGAGUGUGCUUUCUUAAGUUGAACCUAACUUGCAAAAAGAAGAAAGAAACAGUGUUUACAGAAAGAAAGCUUCUUUUAGAAACUUUUUCUGGACAAGGUAUGUGCUACAAUUGACUAGAAGGAAGUUUUUCCCAGGAUCUUGGAUACAUACUUUCACGUAGGCACAGGAUGGAAGGUUUCUGCUUAGCUGAAAACACUAGCUAGAAUUGACAUAGACCCGAAUCAAUCGCUUCCACUACUAUAAAUAGAUUCUUCCCAUCAUUAACUUGACAAAGCAUGGAUUUAUAUACAGCAUCAGAUAUGAGUUUAUCAAGGUUCUUCACAACAUCAAGAAAUCUUGAGAUAUCUAAGUGAUAAAGUAGUUUGAUAAUUUCAAGUUAAUGCAUAAAUUGGGAAACUAAAGAUAAUCACAAGCAUUUGAUGCAACCAAUUAAGAACCCAAUUUUCUUAAAAAUUUGAAGGAAAGUAGUGAAAAAUGGCAUUGAUUUGAUUUGAGUGGGUUACUUGAAUAAUCCGAUCGUAUGGGGACCUAAUCUUGCAAAAAUAUCAGUUAGGCUAGCAGAAAUCAGUGAUAUUGGAGAAAAUGAGAACUACAAAUAGAUAAAACCUCCACAUGUGGAGUUAAAUCAUAGAUCUAGGCAAUAUUACUUUCUGAAGAUUCUCUAAGUGGAGGAAGUAGAUAUGUUCUCAUAUAUUUGGCAAAAUGACAAACCAAACCUUGAGCAAUCUUUAAUCGUAAGAGGUUAGAGCAAAAACCAAUCUAGGUUCUUGUCUUACAAUUAGCAUAAUUAUUUAAUCAGAAGAAAAGGGACAAAGAAAUUUGAAAACCAACCACUUCCAGCCCCUAUAAAGUCUCCAUCCACUCUCCUUCAGUGCAUGGAGUGAGCAUGCAUGUUGAAGCGCAUAGAAGAGUGUGUCAGCUAUAAGAUGCUCUAACACUCAACCAAACAAGAGAGAAGAAAAACAGAAAUAAACAAGAAGGAAACUAUGGCGGCCGUGAGUACCAAAAAGAACCUGACAAUUGUAGAGGUGAUGGAGGAACUCAAGAAUAUAGUAGAUAUUGGUUUUCCUAUAUUGAUUAUGGGCAUAUUCAGUUACCUGAAAAACAUGAUUUCAGUAGCAUGCAUAGGAAGGCUGGGGAGCUUGGAGCUAGCAGGAGGUGCAUUAGCCAUUGGUUUCACCAACAUUACAGGUUAUUCCGUGCUUUUCGGCCUCGCCAUGGGAAUGGAACCACUCUGUAGUCAAGCUUUUGGAUCCAAAAACUUUACCAUGGUGUCUCUCACUCUACAGAGAACAAUCAUUUUGUUGCUUUUAGCAUCUAUACCCAUUGGGAUGCUUUGGAUUUAUCUUGAACCUCUCUUGUUAUGGCUACACCAAGAACCCCAAGUAGUUCGUAUUGCAAGCCUUUACUGCCGAUUUGCAGUCCCUGAUCUUAUUGCCAACAGCUUACUUCAUCCUCUACGUAUCUACAUACGCAGCAAAGGGACAACAUGGCCACUACUCUGGUGCACUCUGCUGGCAAUACUUCUACAUUAUCCCAUCACCGUCUUCUUUACUUUCCAUCAGCAUCUUGGGAUCCAGGGAAUUGCUAUUUCCACAUUUAUUGCCAACCUCAACAUCUUGCUCUUUCUUUUAGGCUAUAUAAACUAUGCUCACGAUGAGAAGACAUCUUUAUCCAAAUCCUUAGUACCACCCUCAAAUAAGCUUGGUUCGACAACCGCACUUUGGGAGGAAUGGGGAAUGCUACUUCGACUAGCAAUCCCUAGUUGCCUUGGUGUUUGCUUAGAAUGGUGGUGGUAUGAACUCAUGACACUUCUAGCUGGUUACCUCUACAAACCCCAUGUUGCACUUGCAACAUCAGCUAUAGUAAUACAAACCACAUCUCUUAUGUACACACUGCCUUCAGCACUUAGUGCAUCUAUUUCAACCAGAGUGGGCAAUGAACUUGGAGCAGGCAGGCCACAAAAGGCACGCCUGGCAACUGCAGUAGCCAUAGCACUGGCCUUCUCCACAUCAAUCUUUGGCUUUCUGUUGACGACCUUAGGAAGAGGAGCAUGGGGUAGGGUCUUCACCAACGAUAAUGAAGUUCUUGAGUUGACAAUGGCUGUGUUACCCAUUAUUGGACUUUGUGAGCUUGCCAAUUGUCCACAAACCACGUGUUGCGGGGUGCUCCGAGGAAGCGCUCGGCCUAGCAUUGGCGCAGGAAUAAACUUUUGCUCAUUUUACAUGAUGGGAACACCUGUGGCGGUAGCUUUGGCCUUUUACUGGGAACUGGGCUUCGUGGGCCUUUGUUACGGGCUUUUAGCAGCUCAGGUAGCAUGCGUAUUAUCUAUUUUAAAAGUUAUCCAUAAAACAGAUUGGGAGAAUGAAUCAUUACAAGCAAAAGACUUGAUUGGUAUAAGCAAUGAAUAUGUACAUGCAGAUUUAUUAGUGAAAUGUGAGGAAGGAGUGACUAUAUAUUAAAAUUGGAGUAAUGGAGAGCACAAGUUGCAGCUAGAUAGGAAUAGAUUAUUUGUAAUUCUCUCUUCAAUCUUAAAAUUACAAUGACCAAGAGAUCUAUUGCAGAACUCAGGGAGUAAAAAGUGAAGAUACUCUUUGUAUAUAAAAGUGUACUAGUUUGGAACAAUAUAAAUUGUCCUUUUCAUUGA